UGUAUCAAUCGCACUGAUACCCCAUACGCAGAGUUAAGGAGACGCACCAGUCUGCUCAAGGUGCUGGAUCUGCAGCGGACAGUAACGUGCUGGUAGCGCUCAGAAUCUCAGGUUUACUUAGGUUUUCUUUGACAUACCUACUGGAGACAAUUUACACGCAGACCGUUCUGUACAUAUUUCCCUCCGGGCAAACUAAAGUGAUAUUUACAGCUAAGCCUUGCUCAGUAGCCUGUUGCCUGCUCACCGCCCAGCUGCUGUGAAUAUGUGCAAGAAGAGACUGGGGGGAAUGCGGAUACUUUCUGUUUUCUGCAGAAAUGAUGCGUGGAUUCACUCUGACUAACGUGGACAGAACGGGACUGCAGAGCAGGAACUGCAGCGAACGGGAAAACCGCUUCCUUAUAGCUAGGUAACAGCAGACGCAAAACACAUUGGUCGCUGGUCCACUAACUCGGCUCCCGAAUGGAAAUACGCGAGACGCGCGACCAUCUACAGCUUCCAGCCUAACGGAGCGUGAGCUUGGUUCACCUGGACUUUAUACUGAAACCUUGCACUUACACUGAAGUCAGCCUACGAGGAAGGCUGCAAACGGCAUUCGAAGCAGACGCUGAAAAUGCUCCCACAGUAUCCUGACAUGGCCCUUUAGGUUGGUUUCUUCAAGGAGCACUUUGUGGAUAUACAAAUACCGAUUAUCCCUUUUUCCAUGCAGAACAUUUCGAUGGACCCUUUGGAAAGCGUUUCUUAGUCGAUCGACCCUUUCUUGAAAGCACAGAUUGACCAUGGUCUCCGGCGUCCGCGCUCUUAUGGUCCUGCUGCUCUGUCAGGUGCUGCUGGAAGGUUCGAUCGGGCUUAUUCCCGAAGUUGGCCGACGGAAAUACAGCGAGUCUGGGCGACAAAGCCCACCGCUCUCGGACUCUAUUCUCAACGAUUUUGAACUUCGCCUGCUCAACAUGUUUGGACUGAAGCGGAGACCGAACCCAAGCAAGUCUGCCGUGGUUCCGCAGUACAUGUUAGAACUCUACAACAUGCAUGCGGGGACUGGGGACCAUAACCCCAGCCGAACCAGAACCCCGGCGGGGAAACACUCCGAACGCGCUGCGAGCAGAGCGAACACGGUUAGGAGUUUUCAUCAUGAAGAAUCCAUGGAGCGUCUGAGCAGCCAUGGUGGGAAGACCAUGCAGCAUUUCCUCUUCAAUCUCACCUCCGUCCCCAGCGAGGAGCUGGUCACGUCCGCAGAGCUCAGGAUUUUCCGGGACCAGGUGAUGAUGGACACCAUCACCAAUGGCACCGCCGGCCAUCACCGCAUCAACGUCUAUGAAAUCUUCAAGCCCGCCCUCCACUCUGAGGAGCCAAUCGCACGGCUUCUGGACACGCGGCUGGUGCAUCCCAGCCUGAGCAAGUGGGAGAGCUUCGACGUGAGCCCGGCAGUGUCUGGGUGGACUGCUGAGGGGCGCGAGAACCACGGCUUCAUGGUGGAGGUGCUGCACCCGGACGGAGCGGGGCAGGACGACAGGAGACACGUGCGGGUCAGCAGGUCCCUGCACGCGGACGAGGACACCUGGCCCCAGCUGCGGCCGCUGCUGGUGACUUUCAGCCACGACGGCAAGGGCCACGCCCUCCACCGGCGAGAGAAGCGGCAGGCCCGGGCCAAGCAGAGGAAGAAGCAGAGGGCCAGCUGCCGCCGGCACUCGCUGUACGUGGACUUCAGCGACGUGGGCUGGAACGACUGGAUUGUUGCCCCGCCCGGGUACCACGCCUUCUACUGCCACGGGGAGUGCCCCUUCCCUCUGGCGGACCACCUCAACUCCACCAAUCACGCCAUCGUCCAGACGCUGGUCAACUCCGUCAACAGCAACAUCCCCCGUGCCUGCUGCGUCCCCACAGACCUCAGCCCCAUAUCGCUGCUCUACCUGGACGAGCAUGAAAAGGUGAUUCUGAAGAACUACCAGGACAUGGUGGUGGAGGGCUGUGGCUGCCGCUGAACACUGAAACACAUGGACACUUUAUUUCCC